AUGUGUUUGAAUGUAGUAGUUGAGGAUGAUGAAAAUAGAGCAGGAAUUGGUUUUUAUUUACUAAUGGACAAGGGUAAGUCGGUGGUUGGGAAUACUUUCUCCUCGAGGAGGGAACUUACAUUUUUCUUUUGCUGUGGCCACUACAGAAAUUUGAGAAAGGGUGGAGGGGCCACCUGGGAGGAGGCUGCGUCUCCAAUACCUGUGAAAGACUCCAGUUUGUAUAAGCCUUUUACGAAGCUAAUUCAGGAUAGGUUGGCUGUACCACUAACAGCAGCUAAAAUUCUGGCCCUUCAAGGUACACAAGAUCAAGGGAUUAUGAAGAUGGAGCCAAAAGAACAGUCCUAGGAAUAUAAGACCAAGCUACAUGGGAACUACUCUUUCAGUCGAGAGAUCUUCCACCAACACUUCAGGCAUCUCUGCUACCAGGAGGCCCCAGGAGGCCCUGAGCUGACUUCUGGUCCCCAGGAGGCUCUGAGCUGACUACAGGUACUCUACUGUGAGUGGCUGAGGCCUGAGAGGAACACCAAGGAACAGGUCCUGGAAUUACUGGUGCUGGAACAAUUCCUGAUCAUCCUGCCUAAGGAGCUCCAAUGCCGGAUGUGGGGACAUCGCCCUAAGAAUGGAGAAGAAGCUGUAACUAUGCUGGAGGAUUUAGAGAAAGGACUUGAUGAACCAAGACCACAGGUCCCAGGUACUGCACAUGGACCUGCAUAAGAAGAGCCAUGGGAGGAGAAGGCAUCUCUGGGAGCAGCCCAGGAGGCUCUGAGCAUCCAGUUCCAGCCUAAAGAGACUCAGCUCAAGUGUGAAUCUCAGGAGACCCAGCCUUGCCUAGAGAAUGAUGAUGAGCAGGAUUCCGUGGGGAAGGAGAGGAGGAGGAGGGAGUAUAAAGGACAUAUAGUAGGUACUCAAAAGUUGGCUAUUCUUACCUCUCAAGUAAAAGACUUAGCCUGUUUUAUCACCUGUAGAAUUAGGAAUAAUAAUAACCUACCUCAUAAGGUAGCUCUGAAGGUUAAAUAAAACGGAUAUAUCUGACUAUAAAAUUUCACCAGCAUCUCUUAGCUUUAGAAAACCCUAAAACAGGGCCAGAAAAUAUUUCAUUCACUUCCUGCCUCAUCUCCUCUGUUCUUGAUGCCUAACUCAAAAUACUUCUGCCCUACGCUAGAGGCUAGCCUUGAGAUUAUUUUUCUUUUAACUUUCUCAUGCCUCCCAAAACACUUUUUAAGCUAUAAAGCAACUCUCAUGUGAGAUACAUCUUUAUCUACCACUUAACCCCAUCUAAUGUCAGUAUUUACCUUCUAGCCUUCAAAUUUACAGCAAAAACUUCCUUCCCAGCCUGCAUACACUCUCAUGAGCAUCCUUUCCUCUCCCUGUAGCAAACUCUAGAUUUAGAGCCUCUGGACUGUAAACUGUUCUUGCUGACCCCUAACAUUGUGAACCAUAGGAAACAUAGCAUGAAUAUGUUGCUAAUCAAGAAGAUUCUAUUUAAUAUUUGGUAUUAUACCACAACCCACCACCAAACAAAAGCAUCUGAAAAAUCAAAUUCUUGUUAGCAACAAAAUGGGAAAAACUAGAAAUGGAGAUUGAUCUUAGAAUUUAUUUCAAAAGUAUGAUUUUACCUCCCAGCACAUCCUUGCUUUUCUUCUAGACUUUGUCUUGACACCUAUAUUCUGUUUAGUAAGUCUCUAUUAAUCAACUUAGUACUUUACUAUUAAAAAGCUAACUAAUUAUUGUUAGAUUUUUUUUUCAGCAAGCAUAUUGCACAUUUUUUUUAACCAGAAGCUUUUAACGUGGAAAAACUGUAUUUUUUUUAAUCAAGUGGUCUUGAGUUAUCAAAGCAUUGCUUUGAUCUCCUUUAAACUAUAGAGAGCUUUAUAGAUAAAACACAAAAAGUGUUACAGACAUUUAAAAACAAAGGGCGAUGCAUUCUUUUCUUCCUUUUUUUCCUUUCUCUUCAUUUUUUAAGGAACAAGUCAAAGGGAAAGGCAGAGAGUACCAGGGAGGUAGACACAGAACUGGCAGUUGUCCCUUCAAUAAAGGAGAGAGCUGACUGGGGAUCCUUUUCGGUGGCUGCAGAUUUAUGGAGCAGGAAGUCGGUGGGAAGAAGUAAAGGUUGCAGAAUUAGGAGAGUAGAGUCCACCUUUACGAACAUCCCUUUUCCCUAACCCUAUGAUUCUUUCUUACUUUUCCCUUUCCUCACAUCGGGUGAUCACUCCCCAAUUUCUUGAAAAUAUUACUUUCGCUCAUAUUUUUAAAGAGUAAGUCUUGAAAAGAAGAUCCUCCCCUGAAACUUAUUUUAUUUUUUAAAAACAUUUUGCAGUGUUCUGUUAAGGAAAAAUUAGAGAAAACAGACAAGCAGGGGGGAAAGGGAAAAGAAGAAAGCCUCUCCCCUGCUUACUCUCAUCACCAUGAGAUAACUAUUGUUCAUAUUUUAAGUAAAUAUCCUUUCAGACUUU